AGCCGCUCUUCCCAACCUCGUCCAGGCUGGAGCGUCAGGCAGGCGGUUGAAGUUUAGGGGCUGUCGUGCCCGGCCGGGGCGAGCGCGUAGCUGGCCGCGAGUUGCUCCGUCGGGGGCGAGCUCCGUGGGAGCUGGCCGCAGGGAGGCGGCUCUAGCCCCCGUGGGAGCGGGUCUCUGCGGAGGGAGGCCCGCCGCGCCGCCGGCUUGGCCUCGAUGGAGGCCAGCCUGACCUGCGCCGUCUGCCUCGGCCUCUUUGAGGAUCCGGUCACACUGCCGCUCUGCUCCCACAACUUCUGCAAGGGCUGCGUGCUGGAGUGCCUGGCCUCCGGGGAGCCCGGCGCGCUCCCCUCGCCCCGCGUGGGCCAGGGCCAGGGCCAGCGCUUCUCCUGCCCGCUCUGCAGGAAGCUCUGCCCGCUGCCGCGCGGCGGCUACUCGGCGCUGCCCGUCAACACCACGCUGGCGGAGGUGGUGAAGUUGUACAGGGCCAGCGGGGGCAAGGCGGGGCCGGGGCGCGGCGAGGCGGGGGCGCUGAGCCCCCCGCCGGCGUUCGGAGCAGCCUGCGAGAAGCACCCGGCCCGGCUGGUGCAGCUGUAUUGCCGGAUGUGCCGCCAGGCGGGCUGCGGCCAGUGCGUGUCUGAGGCGCACCAGGGCAUCUUCCACGCCGUCAACCUCCUCGACACCGUGUACCAGGAGGAGAAAUUAACCUUCUUUAGCAGCCUGAAGAAACUGAGAGCAAUAAAUGAGAACUUGGUGAAGGAACUAUCAAGUCAUCCAAAAGAUACUGAGAUCUUGAACAAAGAAGCAGAGAUAAUUAUGUUGGAAUUUGAAGAAAUUUUCAAAACUCUGGAAAUGAGAAAAAAGGAAUUGCUAGAAGAUAUUGAAAGUCAGAGAAGUAAGAAAGAGAAAGAAUAUCAAAUUUGGAAGAAAAUGAAGGAAACUCACAAGAAAACCAUUGAGAGUUUCCUGAAGGAUUGUGAAAAGCUUGUUGAUGAAUGUGAUCCUGAGUGUUUCCUGGAGGUGGCAUGUGGCUUGAAUAAAAGAAUGAAGACUCAGCUUGACCUGAUGCACAUAGCAUCUAGCUAUGAAAAAGCACCAGAGUCUACCCAAAAGCAAAUGGAUAUCAAAUCUGUGGUUAAUGAAAUCCUGGCCUUACAGCUGACUUCAGUUGAUUCAUGCAUCAUUAAAGAACUUUCUUCUGGAGGAAAUGAAGGUUUAACUGGAAAGUAUGCAUAUACAAAUAGUGCAAAACAAUGGAAAGAUCAGAAAAACAUACACAACACAUAUUAUCCUGUAGUGGGACAUGAGGAAACUUUGACUGACGGUAGUAAAAUCUGUACUCGCUUAAUGUCAAUAUCAGAAAUGUCAACAUUUCAAAACAUGAGUCAUGAGGAGGUACGUUAUAAUUAUUAUAUGGGUCAUCGGACAUCAGAUCAAUUGAAGACGCAGACUUCACCUGCAAAUACGAAGCAUACAUUUGUGAUAACUGAUUCUUCAAAGAAUACGUUCUCGGCAGUUCCCCUUCUGUCCUCACCUCCCAAAGUGAAAGAUGCACAGAGAAUAAGAACACAAAAAUUACAAAAAGGAAGUUUUAGUAACACUAGUUUUUCCAGUUCCAGUAGUUACAGAUUCAGCUUUCCACCUGUGAACUGGAAUUUCUCUGAAUUGAACAGUGACUUGAAGUUAUUUAAUGGAACAAGAUCUCCGGAAGUAAGCAAACUAACCACCCCAUCAGAAAAUUUCAAUGGCUUGGUAAUAAAAAACAAAGUAAAAAUGGCUCAAUCAUCACCAGUUCCCAUUUCUGCAAAAACACUAGCAAGUCCUAGCACUUCAACUGGCUUACCAGAAUCCGCAACAAAACCUGUUCCUGUUUUAAAACCCACCUUUUUAGGUGCUCCCACACAGAGCCUUUCUGCUCCACAUUUUAUCCCCAAUUCGGGUAAUAACUCGACAUUACCCAAUUUAAAUAAAGCUGCAGCUACAUUUUUCUUCAAAAAAGAGAAGAAUAAUUCGGUUUUCCCCACGUUUUACGUCGGAAGGUGUGAUACUCAAGAUGAAAUGGGCAAUCAACAUGGAAAUUGUACACAGUUUAACUCUUCAGCUUUAACUGAGGCUAAAGCUUCUGCUGCCUCUACAAGUCCUAAACUAGAGUCAUCAGAAAGUGGAAAGCCAGUUUUUUCAUUUACCUUUAGCAAUUCGGAAAGAGAUUGUUUUACAGUAUCCAAACUCAGCAAUUCAUUGAAGAUUUCACCAUUUUCUAGCCUAUCUGAGAAGCCAGCUGAACAAAGUACAAUAUUUCAAACCGGAAAAGAGAGCGUUUCUGUAAGCAAAGACGUAGAAUAUAACUGGCUAAAAUCUCCUACAGUAGUCCCUCAGGAGCAGAGUGCCAGUACCCCAGAUUCCACUGCUACUAUAACCUGCACUACAUCUAGUAGUGACACCAGAAAAAAAGAUGUUUCCAAGACCCAGCCUCUCCCCUGUAAUAACACACUUUCCUUCUCAUCCAAUAAUUGUAUUCUGGAAUGUAAAUCUUCACCUGUAAUCUCAUUUGAAGGCACCGUCAAAAGUACUUCCAAAUCACUAUCUUCCUCCUCGAUGCUGUUUUUAUCUAAUAAUAAUAAAAGUGAAAGUGAAAAAAUGAAAAUAGAAUCAAUUGACAAAGCACAUCUAGUUGUAGAAAAAUCUACACCUCCAAUAUGUACAGUGGCCAUAUCUGAACUUACAAGUCCAAAGCGUAGCAAUUCCUUUUUUUCUUUUGACCUAUCUAUGAACACUGAAACUGAAGACACUCUUGCUCAACAGAAUUCUUUGUGUGGUCCAGCUGUAGUCAGCUCUCUAUUUUCAACAGGCCUUCCUAGUAAAGAAAGCAAUGUAUUUUCCACUCAUCCUAGUGUUGCAUCAACUAAACCUCAUAUAGAUGUGAAAGUUGAAGAUAAUGUAAAUAUUGGUGAAACCUAUAAGUCACACCAAGAUUUAGAAGAGAUUUCUAGGAAAGAAGAUGAACUUGACACUCUGCAGUUACAGAAUGCAACUUGUCUUACUCCAGUGACAUGUGCUGAUACCUUUUUGGGAGGCUCGGCACAUGCAGUAGAUAAAGAAUGUGAAACACUAAAUCAUUCAGAUUCUGAUAUAGAAGAGCUAAGUCAAGCAUCAGUGUCUAGUGACUGGAGCAGUGCAUCAGAAUAUUUUUUGGUUGCAGAAGACAAAAUAACAGCUUGUGAAAAACCGGGUACAUGCACCGUAGAGAAUGAAACGGAAGAGAAUUCCCUUCAAGAUAUAACACUAAUGCUGCACUUCAUAACUGGACUUUGGAAGGCUCAGUGGGUCGCACCCAACUGCCUGAGAGCUGCAAUGUUCCGUGGUUGUUAGGAAUCAGCAGGAGCCUAGAUGGAAAGGAAGGAGCAGCCCAUCUAGAGUUGUAUGGUGGUUCCUGCUGCUGCCGCCAUCUUCUCCCUGCUCUGCCUCUUUAAGUCUGUGACCCGCUCACACUGGAAGUCUGUUGUGAUCCUGCUAUCCAUCCAGAGGAGCAUAGACCUGAUGAUGGUGGUGAGGCCAGGCAGCUUUCUCCCAGCUCUAGUGGCUGCUUGUCAUCCCUCUGUGGGAAACUGUCUGCAGAACCAGGCAGUCAUCACUGGAUCAAUGACAUUUGGGUCACAUUUUCAGCCUUAUCUUUCCCAUCAUUGGGGCUAGACCCUUUUUCUUUAAAAGAAAGCUGAGAUUCUGAUGUCAACACAUGACUGACAGCUAGACCCAAGGGAUGUGGGCAUUAUGUAUUUGCCUUAAACUUGCGCUGCCCAGAGCUGUGUUGGAAUCCUGCUGAGAAGGAGACAAAGCUGAGGCAACAGUAGGAGCCUAUCAGAGCAUGUGAUCACAUUUUAAACAUUAGCCCAGUGUAUUGUGAGUGACCUCUCACUUGAACAUCUCAGAUAGGAAGAGUGGUUUGUAGGUGGAACCUGGACGAGUACCUACUAUUUUUUUCUUCCCAAUUUGAGCCCUGGCCAGCAGUAUCAGCUCCCUCCCCUUACAGGCUCUCACAUCAAGACCACAAGUCCCCCUCACCUAGAUGACUCUCCCAACUCAGAAACACCAUUCUCUUCUCUUCUCCUCUUCCCAUCCUCAAAAGCAUCAGCACACUCUCCCAGAAGCCCCACCCCCAAACCACAAGUUGCCCCACCCACAUCUUUUUUGGUCUGCAAUCCACAAAAUGGCUGAAAAAAACCUAUCCUUUUGUGACACUAACAGACUGCUCAACUUGGAUAUGACCCAUAACAAUUAAACAAGAGUCACUGAAAUGUAACCAAGACAAUCUACUUGUACAUGGAUUUCAAAGAUGUGUCCCAGACCAGCACUCAUAAACCCAUUUAUUUGUAGUAAUAGAAAUCAAGGGUAGAUGUGAAGUGUAUUUGUCUGUAUUUACCUAUAGCUUGUUAGAAGUUUAACAAAUGUAAUAAGAUCAGCUUGUAGAUGCUAAUUCCUUUUCAUGUCUUAAUGGCCCUAUAUUAUAUAUGCGGAUGAUUCAGUUAACCUUAAAAUUAAAGAUAUAAGAUACUGCAGGAACUAAAAUUAUUAUUUACAUUAUUUUCAGCUUAAUUAUCUAUGCUAUAAUGAACUGUCUUGAUAGUUUGAAUGGCUAAUUGCACUAUGUUAAUGAAUGAAACUAGUCUACCUGUGUAAGCACAGGAAAUAGAAGUUUAGCUUCAAAGCAACAAUAUGCACUGCUAUUCUUCAUUCUGGGAAGGUCCUGCUGUGACAAUUGCUGUCAAGAGGCUUAUCAGCUUGUAGAGAACUAUAAAGAAAGCUUCGGGACUGAUCCUUUUUAUCUCAGGUCUGCUUCAACUUUAACAGGGAAGAUCUAAGCCACAACACUAAGGUCUUCAGGUUUAUUCUGGAUUUACCCAGGAAUGCUCAUGGAAGAAUUUGAACAAACUCUACACCUGGACUACCUAUUGCAUUAUAACUUUUUUAAUUGAUUCCAGACAGACUUUUACAAGUCACCAGCCUCAGCAUCUCUGCUAUGAAACUAACAGGAGAACUUUUCACAUCGCUGUACAUAUACUGAUCUCUUAACCACUGCAACACUUUUCCUUCUAUUAUUAAAACCUUUAGUUUUAA